CCUGAAUUCCAGAGGCAAUGGACUUAAGCUCUCGUCUGCCCGGACUGCAAACAAGGCUGAGAUUCAAGCUAUUUCUGUCGGCUCUGAGAGGUGAGGAAUCCAGCAAGAGAAGAUCCAAUAUUAAUCAUGCCGCUUCAUUUCAAAUCUCACAAAAGUCCUGCAGAAAUUGUGAGGAAUGUGAAGGAGAACAUGGCUGGUCUAGAAAAACAAGAAACUUCAGAGAAUAAGAAGAAGGAAAGGGGCACAGAAGUGUCAAAAGGCUUGAUAUCUAUGAAGGAGAUUCUGUGUGGCACAAAUGAAAAGGUGGCGCAAACAGAAUCGGUGGUCCAACUGGCUCAAGAGCUUUACGACUCCAACCUGCUGGCCAUUUUGAUAGCAAACCUUCGCCUAAUAGAUUUUGAGGGUAAGAAGGAUGUAGUACAAAUCUUCAACAAUAUGCUUCGUAGACAAAUUGGUUCAAGGUUUCCAACGGUGGAAUACAUAUCCUCACACAAGCAGAUCAUUUUCAUGUUGCUGAAAGGAUAUGAGACACCAGAAAUUGCACUAAAUUGUGGCAUUAUGUUGCGAGAAUGCAUUCGCCACGAGCCUUUGGCCAAUUUAAUCCUCUACUCAGAACAAUUCUAUGAUUUCUUCAAAUAUGUACAACUGUCCACUUUUGACAUAUCCUCAGAUGCCUUUGCUUCAUUUAAGGAUUUGCUCACCACGCACAAAACUGGUUGUGCAGAAUUUUUAGACAAGAAUUAUGAUAUAAUAUUUGUUGAAUAUGAAAAGUUGCUGUUGACAGAAAAUUAUGUGACAAAGCGUCAGUCUCUUAAGCUCUUGGGAGAGUUGAUGCUGGAUAGACAUAAUUUCAACGUAAUGAUCAAAUACAUCAGCAAGCCAGAACAUCUGAAACUCAUGAUGAAUUUGCUGAAAGAUGAAAGCCGGAAUAUCCAAUUUGAGGCCUUUCACGUGUUCAAGAUUUUUGUGGCAAAUUCUAAAAAACCUCAACCAAUUUUGGAUAUCCUAUUGAAGAAUCAAAGUAAAUUGAUUGAUUUCCUGAAUACAUUUCAGACUGAUCGAGCAGAUGACGACCAGUUCCGUGAUGAAAAGACGUACCUGAUCAAGCACAUACGAGAUUUAAAAAGACCAGAACCAACAGAGACUUAACGUUUGUUUGAACCUGAAAAUGCUGUAAAUGCUGUACUAUCAUGAUUGAAUCUAAUGAAACCAGAAGUGCAUAAAACUGAUCCUUGUAUCUUUAUAAUUUUGCAGUAGUUGGUACUAAAGUGAUAAAUCCUAAUUUCACAAUUUUGUGUUGGUGAAUUGUAGUUUUGAUACAGUGUAUUUGUUUUCAGCAAUUUUUCUGUAGCAUCAGAACAGUCACGUAUUUAUUCAGGCUUUAAUUUGCAUAAUCUGAAACACUUUUAUUUGUUUAUUCAGCUCCACAACCAAUGUAAAAUGAUGAUUACUUUUGUAUUUGUAACAUUGUUACUCUGGUAAAGGGAAAUCUUCAAUUGUGUACAUACUUUAAAUUGUUUAUUAUGUAAUAGUAGUUUGAUAAACAAUCCAUUAAGAAUCACAAAAUAACAGAAAUUUAACUGAAAUCUAUUUUGGUGGAUGUUAAAAAUGUUUCAUUUGGGAAAGACCAGUCUCAGGACUUCAGUUGCGAAAUACAAAUAAAAGUAAAUAAUCUUUUCUUUAGAA